CUCUUCAGCUGUCCGUGGUAUAAAAGCUCCGAUGGGUGUGAGCUAAAGAGGUCAAAUCGUAGACGAUCGUGACGAAGUGUGCUUGUGUCAAAGGCAACGAACAUCGUCUGGCGUUUGUUUAUAUAUGUAACAAGAAUAUAUCCUUGUUUCCAUCGGGGUGAGCCAGAAAGACGUCCAGCGGACGCACGUCGAGGUGCAAAUGACCGAAUACAAGCUUGUGGUGGUUGGAGCUGGAGGUGUAGGUAAGAGUGCCUUGACUAUCCAGCUCAUACAGAACCACUUUGUAGAAGAGUAUGAUCCCACUAUAGAGGAUUCCUACCGGAAACAGGUUGUGAUUGAUGGGGAGACGUGUUUACUGGAUAUUCUCGACACAGCAGGUCAAGAGGAGUACAGCGCCAUGAGGGACCAGUACAUGCGGACGGGGGAGGGGUUUCUAUGUGUGUUUGCAGUUAACAAUACCAAGUCUUUCGAAGAUAUCAACCAGUAUAGAGAACAGAUUAAGAGAGUUAAGGAUGCUGACGAGGUGCCCAUGGUUUUGGUAGGAAAUAAGGUAGAUCUACCCACACGCACAGUCCAUUCAAAAGAUGCGAAGCAGGUUGCCGACAGCUAUGGGAUUCCUUACGUUGAAACAUCAGCCAAGACAAGGCAGGGUGUUGAUGACGCAUUUUACACACUUGUUAGAGAAAUCAGGAAAUAUAAAGAGAAGAAGGGAAAGGACAAGCGGAAACGAAAUAGAAGACGACUAUGCAAACUCUUCUGAUCAUGUGACAUGUCAUGUGACCUGUGAUGACGUUAUUUGUUUACCUGUGUUGGAAACACAGUCAUCAUUCAUGUGUAUAAGGUGCCGAAUCCGAUAGAUAACAUUCAUUUUGUGUCUGUCCGUUAGUCCACUCGUCAGCGUCAUGUCAACUUGGCAGUGUUUUGUCAUUGCUCAUCUUUACAUAGCCAAUAACAUUCAAGUCUUGUUUUUUUUCUGUAAAAAAUUGUGAAUUUUUAGAUAUUUUACAUUUUUGAUAUCUUGAUACAGCUACUGUUUUCCCAAUUCCUGUAUGUGCAAGCAUGAUGUAGAGAAGCAUUGUGUUAAAAUGUUUAAAUAAACUUGUAUAUUUUCUUUUUGUACUUUACAAGACAGUAUUUAUGAUGUACAGUAAACUAGUACAUGAAGUGGAUUGUCGUUAAUCUGUAGGAGAAACCAUGAAAUGAAUUUAGAAACCAAAUGAAACUUAGUCGGUAUUUAUGAGACAUUGCCAUUGGAUGAUCAUGAUGAUGUGGGGAUAUGAAUGAUAUAUAUAUAUCAGAAAUCAGUUGAUGAAACAGAAUGAAUCCUGUGAUUUGGUGCCCGAUGAAAAAUUAAAUUUGGAAAGAAGGAAACGACAAUCUUGAUGUAAGGGAGGUAAUUCUGCCUCAAUUGUUCAUUCAUAAUAUCAUUAGUUCUUUUUGUAGGACUUGGAAUUAAUUGAUCUAAAUUCUUUUGUCAUUUGGCAUGAGUGUUUCAAUGUCCACCCCUGAAUCCUCCCAUACUUCCAUUACUUCUUACACAAGAGUUUUCCAUCUAAAUAUUCUGAGUUUGUGAUUGUAGAAGUACCUCCUAAUUGAUUUCAGUUUUUUCUCUUGAAUUGUAGGACUUGAUAUAUUGUACACAAAAUAUACGCACAUGAGACUUAUAAUGUAUUCUACAACACUUGAAUGGUAAGAGUUCUCUCCCCUGUAGCAGUCAUGAGUUUUGUACAAAAAAGUUUCUUAGUGUACAGUAAGGCAUCAUAUGGCUAAUGUCACAAGUGUAUUAUGAUAGUUUUUUUAAUUGUUUGUACCUGUUUUCAUUUUAUUAUCAAUAUACUUGUACAAACCAUCAAUAUGUGCUAACCAUCUUGGGUGCUUCAAGGAUAAUUCUUAACUCUGACAGGCGGAUUCUGGUUUUUGUGCUUUAGAAACAGUUGCAGGUGAUAUGUAACUCAUUCUUAUAACAACCCAAAUGGUUUUGGAAAUAUGUCUCGAAAUAAAUUGCAUGAAAAUUAAUGAUUUUCUUUCAGGUGUUUUUUUCAUGACAUGUUGAAUGACUCUUCUAGCUGUAGCCAACAAAUUGCUCAACUCAACAUAACACUGAUGAAGUAAAUGUUUUGAAAGAACUAGCAAAAUGGAUUGGGUUGUUUUCAUAUCUGGUACCACAGAUAUAUAUUGCCUGUAUCAUGCAUCGAUAUCCUCAUAGUGUUUUUCAUCAUUGAAAAGGAGGGAAAUUCUGCAGAUCAGAAACUAUUUUGAAAUAUAUUUUUCCAUUACUAAUCCGUCAUUCUAAACAUGCAUUUGUACCUAAGUCGGUGUCAGUAUCAAUAUGUGUGGCAAGUCACUGAUGUUGUGCUUGUUGAGAUGUACAACUGCAAUUUGUUUGACGAUGCUGGGAGAAUAGUAGCAUCAGACAGAAUUUGUAAUCAGAGAUCAUUUGGAUAAGGUGCAUUUGCUAAUGUUUGACAUGCUGCUGUUUUGUUUUGGAACUAUACUAUUUCAUAGAUGUUAAAGAACACCCACUUUUUUUCAUGAGUCUAGUUAAUAUGUUAAUCUUUUCAUAUGAAAAAAAUAGGGUGUUCUUCAACUUCUUUUACAUAGUAUAGUUCUAUCUCAAUAAGGACAUCUUUUCACAUAGGUGUUAUUCUUUGGAUAAGGCAUUUAUUCUUUUUGAUAAGUUUAAUUCACAUCUUAGUAGGAUAAAGGCAGGAGAAAUAUUCUUGCAUUUUUUUUAUUAAAAAGUAAGAACACUUUCUUAUCAACUCAUUCAUUCAUUGCAUUUUCGCAUUUGUAAAGAAGGUAAUAUUAAAGCACUAUUGAUUUACUUUGUUGCAUUUUGUAAAUAUUCAAUUUUGUAUUUAGUCAAAUUCUGAAUGGUGUACCUCAACCUUUUCCUUUGUAUAGUGCUGAGUGAUAUUUUUCUCGUUCUAAUUUUUUGCAUUUGUAUAGAAAAUCCUAUUCCAUUCUGAAUAGUUAAGUUGAUUAAAUCUUUUUAUUGAGAUUUUGAUGACCCCGGUUAUACAUGCUGUUUUAUUUUAGUUCACUUGUUUUCAAUUGUGCGCAAUGGCAAGUUAUCAGAGUUGUUUAAUAGAACUUGACAAUGGCAUGGAUUCAAGAAACGUUACUGCUUUCCUUUUGAAUAUUUAGUACAAAAGGGAUAUUAAUUAGAUGGGGUUUAUGGAAAACAGAUGUUAGCUUAUUAGUUAAUGUAAACAGUGUAGCUGCUUUCUUAGUGCAAUAUCAACAGUGAGGCUUGACAAUGCUCAAUAUGUAUGAAUGUGAUUGUCAUAUUCAGCUUUAAGAAUAACUUUCAUGUCAAGUCUUUCUGGAAACUCAUUAGAAAUAGCAACCAAAUUGGUAAUUUGAGUUAGACACAGCCAUGAAUUGUUUUUGAGUACUGUAACUUGAGUUCGAACACUGUGAUAAAUUGUUUCAGAAAUUAAAUUGAGUUUAAGACACUGUGAUUAAUUUUAUUCAGAGCUUACACUGUUAAUUGUUUUCAGUCUAAAACGUAAUCUUUUGUGUCCGGAUAUCUUCUGUUUAAGUGUGCGAGUGUUUACUAUUAGUUGUGCUGUGGACACUGUUCAACCCUGACCAUUCCACAUACUAGUAUGUGAUAUGUGAAGAUAAUGAAUGGUUUAGUUUCUAAGGGCUUUAUCUAUUACUAAUGAGUGAACUAUAUGCAUAGUGGAUUUUCCAGACAACUGAUAAUAUUGUGAUUAAAUCCUUCUGCAAUUUGUUAGUCAAACCAUAUUGAAAAGGAAAAUAUGGAUAAGAGUUGUUUGUUUUUAAUUCGAGAUGUGUAUGUUUAAUGAAGAACGUGUUGUAUAAUCUUAAGGCAACUGACAAAUUUUGUAAAAUAUAUAUAGGACCAAUGUGUCAGUGUAGAAACACUAUUUAUGAAUACAGGUCCCCUUUGUAUUUAUUAGUUAAGUCAAAUUUUAUUUGUGAUACAAGGCUUAAGGAUCUCACGAGUUAGUUAAUUGGCCACAUUUGGCCACAGGGAUGGUGGCAUCACGAGCUAGUGGAUUAUGUUGUGACCUUGAAUCUGGCAGUGGAGAAACUGAACUAGCUGGCAACGUGUGCUGGAUAUUUUGCAGCAUGCUGCUGUUGCUAUAAGGAAGGAAACAUCACCUUCAAGGCAUUCAUUGAUUUAUGGUGGGUCACUUUUGUAUUGUCAAGACGAAUGUUAUUCUCAAUAAAAACAAGUUCUACCUGUA